AUGUUAUUAAAUUUCGCUGCAAUUCUGUCAGAUCUUCUGAUAUCAGAUGGUUCUUCUAUAAAAAGACUCCUAAGGAACUUGGGUUCACCCGAGUUUAGAAGCUUGAACAUAAAGCAAGCUAAAGCGAGUGAUAUGUUCAUCACGUCUAAGAUUGUUUUGAAGUGCAUUUGUCAGAAUGCACCUAGUGUGCUCGUAAAUGGAGUGCCUGUUGUCUAUGUCUCCACUGUCAAGUAUCUUGGUGUUCUCUUAGACAGUACUUUGUCUUGGCAUGACCAAGUGGUAUCUACUAGCCAACAAGCGAUGAGUUGUCUUGCUCGAUUGAAAAUGAACAGUAAGGUGCUAAGUGCUUCAAUGCGGAGAAGACUAGUUGCUGGUCUGAUAUUGCCUAUAUUUGAUUAUUGCAGUGCUGUAUUUACAAAUAUUUCGGGGACUUUGCAACUUAGGCUCCAGCGGAAGUUCAAUGCUUGCAUCAGAUUCAUAUUUGGAGCUCGGCGGUUUGAGCACAUAACACCUUACAGGAGGAGACUUGGAUGGUUGACGCUCCGAAGUAGGCGUGAGUUUCUAAUUUUGAGUCUGGUGUAUAAAAUGCUAAAUAUGCAGCAUCAUAAGUUGUUGCAUUCGAAUUUCAAAAUAUUGCUUGAUGUCAGGGGUCGUGCUGAGCGUAGAAAUCAAGUUCUGCAUCAGCCUGCCUGUAGGACUGUUGCCUAUGAAAAUUCAUUCUUGUUGACUGCAGUGAGGGAAUGGAAUCAGUUACCGAGUGAUCUUGUGGCCGUGAAUUCUUCAGCUGAGUUUCAGACGUUGUGUUACAAAUUAAUUUUUGAUAAAGACAUUUGA